AGCAGCAGCCUUGGCAUGUCCUGUAUAUGGGUUGUAUGCCCGGUUACUGGCCCUGCCGGAAAGGAGGGGCGGGUCUUUGCAUGCAUGGACUUUCCCAAGGGGGCAAUCUUCCUUCUCUUCUUUUUGGACACUGGAAUUAGAAAGCUGUGUGUCUGCUGCUGCUGCUGCCUCUCCGGAACCCUCUGCAAGCUGCCUCUCCCUCCCUUCCUCCACAUGAGCAGGAAAAUCACUUACCAGUAUGGGUCUUACGAAUGUGUGUGUCCUGGUCCCGCUCUUGUUUCUGGCUGCAGAGGCGCUAGUGAAACGGCAAUCAGGAGGACAAACUGAACUGGAAAUUCAUGCUAAUUUAUUAAGGAUGACCAUGUUCCAUGCAUUCACUGAGAAAGGGAACUGGACAGGUUUCAAGGAAGCCUGCCAGAGUAAGCCCCUCGAUCUUGUCUUCAUCAUCGACAGUUCCAGGAGCGUCCGUCCGUACGACUUUGAAAAAGUGAAAGAGUUUCUGAUCACUGUGCUAAAAUUUCUUGACAUUGGCCCAGAAGCCACCAGGGUGGGUCUGCUGCAGUAUGGGAGCACGGUCAAAAAUGAAUUCUCUCUGAAGACUUACAAGCAGAAAUCCGAUAUUGAGCGUGCGGUCAAGAGGAUGAUGCACCUUGCUACAGGCACUAUGACCGGGCUGGCCCUCCAGUAUGCCAUGACCAUUGCCUUCUCUGAGGCUGAGGGGGCACGCCCUGCAAAUCAGUAUGUGCCAAGGAUUGCCAUGAUCGUGACUGACGGCAGACCGCAGGAUCCUGUUGCUGAGAUUUCAGCCAAAGCUAGGAAUUCAGGAAUUUUAAUUUUUGCAAUUGGAGUGGGCCGAGUAGACAUGACCACCUUGAAAUCUAUCGGGAGCGAGCCUCAUGAGGAACAUGUCUUUUUGGUGGCCAAUUUCAGCCAGAUUGAAACGUUGACGUCUGUUUUCCAGAAUAAACUUUGUGCUCCUCACCUCUGUGCUACUACCACACAUGGCUGUGAUCACUUCUGCAUCAACACGCCGGGCUCUUACAUAUGUAGAUGCAAACAAGGAUACCUUCUAAACCCCGAUGAGAGGAGCUGCAGCACUCAGGACUUGUGCGCUACAGAGAAACAUGGCUGUGAGCAGAUCUGCGUUAAUACCCACGGAUCUUAUAUGUGCCAGUGCUAUGAGGCUUAUGAGCUGGCCAGAGACGGGAAGUCCUGCACUUUUGUAGAUUAUUGCGCCUUGGGGACCCACGGUUGCCAACAUGAAUGUCUUAACGCGAACGACUCGUACAUCUGUCAGUGCCGCCCUGGUUUUAUUCUGAAUCCUGAUAAGAAAACUUGUCGGAGACCGGAUUAUUGUGCGUUGACUUAUCACGGCUGUCAACAUGAGUGUGUUAAUACCGAUGAUUCCUAUUACUGUAGAUGUCGACAAGGAUUUUCACUCAAUCCAGACAAGAAAGCGUGCACAAAAAUCAACUACUGCGCACAGGGCGAUCACGGAUGUGAACACGAAUGUGUGAGCGCUGACAGCUCAUUUGUGUGUAAAUGUCGGAAAGGUUACGCUCUGCACCGCAACGGGAAAACGUGCAGGAAAGUGGAUCACUGCUCUGAGAGUAAUCAUGGAUGUCAGCAUGUCUGUACUAACACGGAGGAAUCAUACAUGUGCCAGUGCAAUGAGGGAUUUGUCCUGAACACAGACUUGAAGACCUGCAGUGCUGUGGAUCACUGUGCCUUGAAUGAACACGGCUGUCAGCACCUGUGUGUCAGCGCAGAAGGCUCCUACGUGUGUCAGUGCUUCGAAGGGUAUUUGCUGCGCGAUGAUAAGAAGACAUGUAGAAGUAAAGACCUAUGCAGAACCACGGAGCACGGCUGUGAGCAUCUCUGCGUAGCUAAUGAGGACUCCUACUACUGUAAAUGCUCUGAAGGAUACAACUUGGCGGAAGAUGGAAGAAAAUGCAGAAAGUGCGGAGAAGGACCAGUUGACCUGGUGUUCAUCAUUGACGGUUCCAAAAGCCUCGGGGAGGACAACUUUGAAAUUGUAAAACAGUUUGUAAAUGGAAUCAUAGACUCCUUAGAGAUCUCACAGAAAGCUGCCCGCGUGGGGCUGGUUCAGUAUUCUACACACGUCCACACAGAAUUCACUAUGGCCCAGUACAGCUCAGCCAAAGACAUGAAGAAAGCAGUGUCCCAAAUGAAAUAUAUGGGCAGAGGAUCCAUGACUGGACUUGCCUUGAAGCUUAUGUAUGAAAAAAGCUUUACCGAGACACAGGGCGCCAGACAACGGUCCUUGGGUGUCCCAAGAGUGGCCAUUGUGUUUACCGACGGCCGGGCACAGGAUGAAGUAUCAGACUGGGCAGGCCGGGCCAAGCAGAGCGGCAUCACCAUCUACGCCGUCGGAGUGGGAAAAGCGAUCGACGAGGAGUUACAAGAAAUUGCUUCAGCUCCGCAAGAGAAACAUGUUAUUCAUGCUGAUGACUUCAGCUCCAUGGGAUAUAUCACUGAGAAACUAAAAUCCAGCAUCUGUGAAGGGUGGAUCAAUUGGAAAGAAACUACAGACCUCUACAACCAAGAAUAUACUUCCGAACUAAAAGGAGAAAAUAGUGAAGUCACAGUCUCUUGUUCCAUGUCUGCCAUCAAAUUCACAACACAAGCAGAAGAAAACCCAGCAGAAGAACAAUGCCAGUGUAAGAAUAUAAUGGAGUUUCAGUACAAUGCGAAUGAAGACGUCAAGAGGCUAACUCAACAAUUGGAGCAGAUCACACGACGGAUGGAAGACCUGGAAAAUCGUGUUGGACAAAGAUAACAGACUUGAUCUCCGCUGCGUGCAAAGAGGAUAAGCGAAGGGCAGUGGCGGGAGGGCAACUGUUGGACGGACACGGAGGGGCAAGAUGGAAAGCAGAAGUGGCCCAAAAUUAUCAUAGCACCAGCUGCAUAUUUACAAUAGGUUAUCACGGGAAGGAAUAUAGUUAGUUAUAAAGAAUUGGUGCUUGUAUCUUCCUCAGGCUUAUAGCUACGAUAAUUUCAUGACUGUGCAAUGACACAUUGAAGGGGCCAGACAAGCUUAUAGUACCUGGCCGCACCUGAAACAAAAACAAGCAUGACCCCUUACCCCAGGUCUCCUGAUGGACAAAAAAACGGGGGAGGAAAACAAGUAACGGCUACCUGGACACAAUCAGAAAUGUAUAAUGUACAAAUAUGUUUUAUUUAUAUAACUUUGGAAUUGCAUGUUUGACUCCAAAAACAAGAGCACACAGGAAGAAUAGUUUGUGAUGUUUUAUUCUAUAAGACUGAAGAUUUGUGAAUUUUGCUGAAAGGAAAACAGAAAGAAAAAAAAACAUUCUGAGGACCAAAUCUAGUUUUGUAAUUUCUAAACAGCUCGUGAUGUCACAACAUUCUAUUAAAUCUAAAUAUUAAGUGGUAAACUAUUUGUUAUAAUAA